AGCUGCUCGAGGACCACGCGGCCCACAGCCCCUGCCCCAUAGGCGGCCAGGGGCGGGGGCAGGAUGUGGGCCCGGCGGGUGGGGCUCAGGCCGCAAUGGCCCUCGCGGAUCAGGGUGUUUGCGAUGUCCUGCAGCUCCAUCACCGCGGGGCUCGUGAUCUACCAGUACCUGUCCAGCAUGAUGGUAUCAGACCUGGACCUGACCCAGCCCGUUCAUGACGAAAUACUGUGUCUAGCCCACUGGCCUCUGAUUUACUCGUCUGACGGCGACAAGGGCUGGCUCGAUCAGGGCGCGUGGUUUAACUGGAGCAAGGCCUUAUUGAACCGCGACGAUUUCGUCAGAGAUUCCCAGUGCAGGUUCGUAUCCGCCGACAGAGGUCCUGGUUCUAUCGCUGGGCAGAGGGACGCUCCUCUGUCGUCCGUCACGCUCUGCAUGAUCUUCGUGCCCUCCUGGAUGAACGUAUCCUUGCUGACAGCCACUUUUAGCACAUCCGGGAGCUCUUCUUUGGCUUCGAGUUGCACUUGUUCGCAGAACAAUGUAGUUCCAUGGGUCGGCGGAUUAUCAUCGCCUCCCUUUUCGCGGUGCCAUGUGGUAGCACAAUGGGAAGAGACGAAUCUUGAUCCACACGUCCCUUUAGCGUUGUGUCCAACUCGGUCUCAGUUCACUGGUCUUGAAGGCCCGACUUCCCGGAGGGUAUCGUCGGUUCUCUUUGUCAUUCAGCACCUUCACGUCGUUGCUCAGCUUCUCGAUGGUGAGUCGCGUGCGAGUUAUCUUGGCCAUCGAUUUCCCAAGAUCCUGCAUGACAUGAGUCAACUGCUUUUGAGUGUGGUCGGGAAUGUGUUUCAAGUACUCCUCUUCCCCUUGUGGGGUCUGAGGUGCACCUGCCGGCCGCCGCCCUCCCAGCGCCAAUCUUGGGGGGGGAGGGAUAGUUGCGCCAACGGGCCCAUGAUUUGGCCCUGAUGCUCCUGAGUUGUAGUUGCCAUUUGCUCCAUUAUGCGAGCUAGUUGUAGCUGCCAUCUGCUCCAUUGUGCGAGCUUGCUGCUCCAUCGGCGUGGCUGCGUCGGUGUGCUCCGUGGGGGGCGCCGCCCCUCCGGUUUUGCGGACCGCCUGUGUCUGCCGGACAUGCCGGUCCGCCCACGGCCCGUGGAGCUCCAUCGCCACGGGCUGCGCCAUCGCCAGGCGCCACUGCGAGGAAGUGCUGCAGCAGACCAGCCUCUCGUGUUUGGCCUCGCGGUCUCGAAUCUGAUCUGACAUCUAUCCGCCUCGCCUCCCACACGCCCCUCCGUCUGCGGACCGCCUGCGUCUGCUGGACAUGCUGGCCCACCCGCGGCCCGUGGAGCUCCGGCCACGGGCUGCUCCAUCGCCAGGCGCCACUGCGAG